AUUUUCUUUGGCCAAAUUUAAAUCCAGAUCAAUGUUCACCUUAUCAUGUUAUGUCUGUAUGUGUUAUGGUUAAUGAAAAAUUUCGUGAACGUGUACAACCAUGGGAUGCUAUAAAUGCAAAUCCAGAACAUUUUGGUAAAUUUUUUUCUCGUGUAAUGCAUUUAUGUUUGGAAGGUGAUGAAUUAUCCAUUAAAGAACAAACUAUUUUAAUUAUGUUUCUUGAUCAUUGCUUCAAUAGUCUUGAAUUGGAUGUUAUUCGAUCUCAAAUACAAAAAAUAGUUGGUUUAACAAUAUGGACUAAUUUAACACCUGAAAGACGAGAAUAUGAAUUUGAAAAAAC